CUUUUCUCUGUCUAUCAUAAUUUACGACCAAACACAUUUCGUGAGGUGAAGUCCUGCAAUUGUUCUGGUUUGACUCAACACAUACAUGCUCCAAUGGCUUUAGACAAGGAAAACAUAGACAAGCAACGUAGCGCACCAUUACAGAGCUAAUCUCCCAUAAAUAUUUGGAUGCUUCAAGGAAACCGUAUGCACCAAAUCAAAUCCGAGAAGACAUGAGUGUGUUCCAUGGCAUUUCCAUGUCAUAUAAGAAAGCAUGGAAAGCUCAAAAGCUAGCCAUGCAAAGGCAAUUUGGAUCUGAUUCAGAGUCUUAUGAGAAACUACCAUCCAUGGCUUAUAUGCUAGAUAAGAGAAAUCUGAAUUCUGCAAUUUCUCUAAUAAUAGGUGAUGAGGAUGUGUUUCGUUAAUUUUUUUAUGUCUCUUUCACCUUGGCGACGGGCAUGGGAUUUUUGCAGACCUGUUUUAAUUGUUGAUGGGUCAUUUAUGAAGGCGUACUAUAAGGGGACACUUCUAACAGCUUGUGGCCAAGACACAAACGGUCAUAUUGUACCUUUAGCGUUCAGAAUAUGUGAUUCCGAAUCUAAAGCUUCGUGGAAUUGGUUUUUGAGUCAAGUGCAUGACUGCAUAGCCUUCCAACCUGACAUGUUUAUUGUAUCUGACAAACAUGAAGGUAUUCUUAGUGAUGUUAGCGAUAUUUUCUCUCAUGCUCUUCAUGAAUAUUGUGUGGAGCAUCUUCGGCAUAACAUGGUUCCAAAGUUUAGGGGUGCGGAUAAGAAUUUGGGCUGGAAAUUCAAGGCUGCUUACAUGACUUCAACACAAAAGGAAUUUGAGGAAUAUAUGUCCUUGUUGGAUUCUGAGGAUGUUCAUAUACGACCUUGGCUUAGGAAGAUUGAUUUUCAAAAGUGGGCCAAGUGCAUGUCUGGUUUAUUAAUUAAGAUAACCUUGGUCGCGAUUUAUUAAUUCAGAUAACCAGCAUUUGGUUUCACCUGAGGUAGAAAAUUUUCCCCUGACAAAGCAUUUUUUUUACCUCUCAUAGAUGUGUUAUGAUUUCAAGUAUGGAUUCCCAUGUCUUAAACAUGCCAUCGAUUUCUUGAUAAGCUUCUUCGUUAUGAUCAUCAAGAAAGACCAAC